AUGGCGGGAAAGAAGAAGUCCAAGUCGGAUUCUUUACCUUUAGAUUUGGACGCUAUUAAGCCCAUGGAUCAUUUGCAAGCAGUCCCCAAGACGAGAUCCUCGUCGAUUACUUCGAUUGAGUCUGCAGAUGAGCCGAGCGGGUUCAAGAAGGUGUUGCUCCCACCCACAAUUCGUGAAUUUGACGAGUUGGAGCAGUUUGAAGCGUUUGUAAGAGACGAGACUUGGGACAACGAGUUUGACUACUUUCAUGGUAGAUUACAUUAUUACCCACCCUUUGUUAUGAAGGAGUGCCAGAACAACGUGGACAAGAUUAAGCCCACGGUGAACAAGAACUCGAAGAAGUUUAAGCGCAACUUGCAACACCACAUUCAAAAGCACUUGAUCAAGGACUUGGAAAAGUGCUGCGGCUACGAGUUGAAUUUUGACAAGGGCGAAGUUGUCGAGACUUUUGACAAGUUGACUUGGAAGUUUAAGGAUCAAAGCGAUCACGGCUUUAGCAAAGAAGAGGAGGACUUGUACGACAGACAUUGGCAAUUGGAGUUGGAUGUUUCCUGCUCCAACGAUUCGGCAAUGGUUGACGUUGAUUACAGAUCAAUUCCGAUCAUGUGA